CUAGAGAGCAGAAGAAGAAGAAGAAGAAGGAAAAUGUCGAGUAUUCUUUUCCUCGCUCUACAAUGUUGCGAAUGCUCAACGAUGCAGGUGAAGCAGAAGAAGAAAAGCAGCAACAACUGGGUCUGUGUCAUCUGCAAUCAGAAACAAUCCGUGAGGAAAGUGUUCGCUCAGGGCUACAAGGCCAAGGACCUUCGUCUCUUCGUACAGUCCUUCAACAUGUCUCGUAAAGUCGUCGACGAGGAGAAGCAGGAGGUCGCAGAUACGUUUCCGGAGGUUGAGGACGAUGAGGAGGCUGAGGAGAUUCGAGGUAAGAAGCUAUCUGACUGGAGUGAGUACCUCGAUUCCGAUCCACCUAAUAAACGGCUGAGAUUAACUGUAGAGGACGCAGACGGCGAAGAAGAAGAUGUGAAGAUUGUGACUGAGAUUCCGAAAGAGAUGUUCAAAAGGCCCAAGCUGAACAGAUACUCUAACGAUGGUGGACCUUCAUCAGCUAAGGAAGGCGUUAAAAGAAACGAUAAGGAGCCCUUCAAGCCCUCCUUCUCAAGAAGCAGCAUCCCAAAGCAAAGAUUUUCUUCAGAUGGAGUGAUGAAGAGGAAGAAGGAUACAGAACAAAGAACCUUCGAACCAGAAAGAGUUAAUAAGCCAGCUUCGAAAUGGGACGCUUACUUGAUAGAUGACGAGGGAGAACACCAAGCAGCAAGCGGAGCUUUGAAGGAUGAUAGUGUUGGAGAAUGGGACAGAGGUGUUACGGAUGCAUGUUCAGAGUACCAGGUUGUAGAUGAUGAGGUACAUCUAGAUUUCAUGUAGAUUAGAGAUAGUAUUAUGUUAAAGACAAGGAGGUUGCAGACUAGAGAAAAGA